GACGAUCGGCCAAAAUGAAGAGGACGAGGAGCUCGGAGGCAAUCCUGACCAAAAUGAAGAGGAAGAGGAGCUCGGAGGCAAGCCUGAGCAUGGAAACUAAGCCAGAAUCCGAGUACGACGUGUUUUUGAGUUUCAGGGGAAGCGACACGCGCCUGAACUUCACUGAUUACCUUUACCGCAGCAUGGUACGUGUGGGGAUCCGCGUUUUCCUCGACAGUGAAGAACUCGAAGAUGGUGAAGAAAUCAGUGAAGUUUUGAAGGCAGUGAAUGAGUCUCGGAUCUGCAUACCCAUCUUCUCUCAAAACUUCGCCUCUAGUUCAUGGUGUCUCCGUGAGGUAGCCCGCAUGGUAGAAUGCAUCUUGAAAUCAGAUCCAAAGAAAGAGAUCAUCCCCAUUUUCUAUGAUGUGAAGGCUGAUGAUGCGAAGCUCAAAACUGAUUUGUACAAGAAAGCCAUACUCAAGCACAAGGAGAAGGUUGGCUCCGACGAAUUGGAGCGAUGGGAAAGUGCCCUUGUCGAGAUUGGAGGUAGAAUUGGACGGGAACUUAUGGGCAAACGCCAAGGAGAAGAAAUUGACUCCAUUGUUGAACAGGUUUCCCGUAAGCUUAAUACAAGACACAUGAGUGUGACUGAACAUUUUGUUGAAGAUAGCAUUCAGGUGGAAGCCAUAAUGAAAUUGUUGGAUGUUGGGUCUGACAGUGUACUUUUUGUUGGUAUCCACGGCAUGGGUGGUGUUGGAAAAACAACUCUCACCAAAUUCAUGUUCAACAAGCUAUCUUCUCACUUUGAAGGUUGUUGUUUUCUUGAUGACGUUUGAGCAUCAUCGCAACCUCAUGACGGUCUUUUAAAGUUGCAGAAAAAGCUCUUAUCAGGUUUUGUCAGUUCUACAAUUACUGACCAUAUUGAGAAUGUUGAUGGUGGGAUCAAGAUGAUCAAAAGAGUAUUUAGAAAUAAAAAAGUACUCAUCAUACUUGAUGAUGUAGAUGAGAAAGAGCAACUUGAAAAUCUAGCUGGAAAAUCUGAUUGGUUUUGUUCUGGUAGUAGAAUCAUUAUCACAACUCGGGAAGAAAGCAUCCUAAAGACUCAAGUAGACCAACUUAAAGGAAUUUUGCCUUACGAAGUUCUUGGAAUGAGAUUUGAUCUAGCACUUGAUCUGUUUUAUAAGUAUGCAUUUAGAAGUAACUCUGCUGUAAAAGAAUAUGGGGAUCCUUCGAGAGAAAUUGUUCAUACAGUGGGCAUGCUUCCUUUGGCCGUUGUGGUGAUAGGGUCUCAUCUUUUUGACUUGGGCAGUGAUCUGGGGCAUUUGGAUAAAAGAGAAGUAUGAGAUGAGACGCUGAAGAAGUUAAAGGAAGGUCCUUUUGACAAAGUGCGAAAAUCAUUAAUGAUAAGUUAUAAAUGAUUAGAGGGUAAGGAAAAAGAAAUAUUUUUGGAUAUAGCAUGUUUUUUCACCAAUGACGACAAAACAUAUCCAUUCAUCAUGUGGAAGGAUUAUGAUUACUAUCCUGCAACUGUAAUGAGGGUUCUCUCUUGCAAGUCCUUGGUAAAAAUUAGAGGUGAUAAUAGGUUUUGGAUGCAUGACCAAGUUCGAGACUUUGGAAGGUACAUCAUUCUUGAAGAAUACCCUCGCAAGUUUUGUAGGGUGUGGAUACAUGAGAAAGCCUUGAACCUAUUGGAGAGA